UUUAAUCAGCAGAGCGGUCAGUUUGAGUAACAGAGGCGCGUUUGAAUGUGUGAUACAAUGAACAUUUGACCGUUUUAAACUUUCGACCAGAAGAAGACAUGGAAUCUACAUGUAAAGAAAGGAGUCUUCUGUACUUACUUCUCUUUGCAAUAUGCACGGCCAGCGUUUGCUUUUGUGCAAGAAGAUCAAAUGUUCGGAGGUCUGAUCGUCUGAGUCCACCACUGGACAUCCAGCUGGAGACAAUCAACUGCACAGCCUUCAGUGUAAGAUGGAAGAUGCCCCGGCGGCAUGUUAGCACCAUCACUGGAUACAAGGUUUUCUAUACAGAGAUGAGGAAUGGCCAUCCUAUGGGUACAGCAUCUUUGAUGGAGGUGCCUCUCAGCUUGGACAUGCUGACCACUGGGCAAUUUGACGGACAAGCAAGCUUUGAUGUGGACAUUGGGAACCUAAAGGUGAACACUAAGUACAGAGUCAGUGUUGGAGCGUAUGGCUGGGCAGGGGAGGGUAGACCUAGCAUGCCCAGAGACAUCAGCACUGCUUCUCAUGAAAUGUGCAUGCCCCCAUCUCCCCCCACUCAGCCUGUUGUCAUGGCUGUAUCUGACACAGAGCUGGCGUUGUCAUGGCAGCAAGGAGAGAGCGAUGGAAGCGCACCUGUCCUUCACUUCCUGGUGGCUUACAUCAGGCCAGAAAUGGACACAGAGUGGACGUAUAUUCGUGAACCCAUUGAGACUAACUCCAUGGUUUUGAAGGGGUUAAUACCGGAAACAGAGUACCAGUUUGUCGUCAGGGCGGUCAACGUGCACGGAAUCAGCCCACCCAGCCACAUCAACAACCCCGUGCGCACCCUCGGUACAUCAGAUGUUGGCAGUGGUGAUUAUGGCCGUUACAUCACAGAUUCCAGGAUCAAAGAUGAAGAUGGCUUCGACAUCGACGACUCUGAUUAUGAUAUCUUUAUUGAAGAGUUGAAGCCAUUCCCAGGUUUCAGUCAGGACAACAGGAAAUCCCAGCUCCGUUCACGCUCUGGCCCGCCAUCUGGUCGGAACGUUGUUUACCGUAUGAACACCAUCACUCCUCCCAAUGUCACUGCCCCACCAGUUUCCACCACCACCUCGUCCAUCUUCCUAGACUUCACAGAUCUGGUCUUCUCAACAACUUCAGAGCCCAGUACCACCCUUGACACGACAACUACUGCCCCACUUACCACUACCAGCAUCACUUUGCCCACCACCACUACCACCCCAACCAUGUCCCCUUGGAAAGGUGAAGUGCCUCGUGUGUACGACCUGACCUGCGACGAUACUGUGUGUCCCCCUGACAGCUUCUGUCUCAGUGACUACGACAGUGGAGGUUCGCGCUGCCACUGUAACCUCGGACGAAGAGGGGACACUUGUUCUGAGGUGGUAUCAGUGAACUUUCCCAGAUUCUACGGCUACUCUCACAUGACCUUUGAACCCUUGAAAAACUCUUACCAGACCUUUCAGAUCACUUUGGAGUUCAAGGCAGACUCUGAGGAUGGCUUGCUGCUGUACUGUGGAGAGAACGAACAUGGCCGUGGAGACUUUGCGUCUUUAGCCCUGGUGCGAGGCAAGCUGCACUACAGGUUUAACUGUGGUACAGGAGCAGCUCAGAUCGUCAGCGAGAGUCGUGUUGUUCUUGGUCAGUGGCACACAGUAACUGUCUUCAGAGACGGCAUGAGCGGCUGGCUCCGUAUGGACAACGACACCCCUAUAUCUGGACGCUCACAGGGCCAGUACACGAAGAUCACUUUUCGUUCUCCACUGUAUGUGGGGGGAGCCCCUGGUGCUUAUUGGCUGGUCAGGGCGACAGGGACAAAUCGUGGCUUUGUUGGCUGUGUUCAGAGUCUGAUCAUCAACAACAAGGCCACAGAUAUCAGACCCUGGCCUCUAGGCAGAGCUCUGAGUGGAGCUGAUAUAGGUGAAUGCAGUGACAGUGUGUGUGACCUGGUCAGCUGUGCCAACGGCGGCGUCUGCUUUGCAAACCGUGCCGAUGGCUACAUCUGCCUGUGCCCGCUUGGCUUCAGGGGAGCACUUUGUGAAGAGAGUUUCUCACUGUCCUCACCCCUCUUUAAUGAGACAGUGUUUUCGUACGCUGUCAUCCCCUGGCCUCAGUCCUCUCAGAGUUACCUGUCCUUCAUGGAGUUCGAGCUGACGUUUCGGCCAUCGAUGCCCGACGGGACGCUGCUGUACAGUGAUGAUGCAGGCAGCGGAGACUUCCUGGCUAUAAACCUUGUGGACAGAUAUGUGGAGUUCAGAUUUGACUGUGGCUCUGGAUCAGCAGUCAUAAGGAGUGAAGAGCAGAUCAGUCUAGACACAUGGCACGAGCUGAGGGUGUCUCGAACAGCAAAGAGUGGUAUCCUACAGGUGGACAGUCAGAGGCCAAUGGAAGGAAUUGCUGAGGGAGCUUUCACUCAGAUCAACUGCAGUUCACCUCUCUUUGUUGGAGGAGUACCAGAAUAUGAUAAAACCAAGAGGACCGCAGGUGUAAUAAAGCCCUUCACUGGAAUUAUUCAAAAGCUGAUACUCAAUGACUACACCAUCCCAAUAACAGCUGGUUCUGCUAGUGGCGUUAACAUAGCAAAUUCAGCGCACCCAUGUGUGGAAAGUCCCUGUGCCAAUGGAGGGACAUGCAGGCCAAAGUGGGAUGGAUAUGAGUGUGACUGCCCUCUAGGGUAUGAUGGCAGGCACUGCCAGAAAGCUGUGACUGAAGCCAUUGAGAUCCCACAGUUCAUUGGGCGAAGUUACCUGACCUAUGACAAUAGAGAUAUCCUAAAAAGGGUUUCUGGGUCCAGGACCAACCUUUUCAUGCGUUUUAAGAGCACAGCCAAGGAUGGUUUGUUGCUCUGGCGGGGAGACAGUCCAAUGAGAUCCAACAGUGACUUCCUGUCUAUGGGGCUUCAGGAUGGUGCGCUAAUCUUCAGUUAUAACCUGGGCAGCGGUGCAACUAACAUUGUUGUCAACGGAACCUUUAGCGAUGGAAAGUGGCACAGAGUCAAAGCUGUGAGGGAUGGCCAGUCAGGGAAGCUGACAGUGGAUGACUAUGGAGCAAAGACAGGCAGGUCACCUGGCAAGAUGAGGCAACUCAAUAUCAACGGACCCUUAUACAUUGGUGGCAUGAAAGAGAUAGCUCUUCACACAAACAGACAGUACAUUGGAGGCUUGGUGGGCUGCGUGUCCCACUUCACGCUCUCCACUGAUUAUCACUUAGCACUGGUCGAGGAUGCUGCUGACGGCAAGAACAUCAAUACCUGCUCUAACUAGAGAAAAUACCUUUUCAGCACCAUUUUAAACUGGAAUAAACACCUCGACCAGCUGAUUUGUCAUCUUGAAACUCAAUGGCCAGCACCAAAUGAGUGACAACUAAAACAAUUUAAUUUUGGUUUACCAAUUCAGGGCUGACAUGGUAUAAACUCGAACUGGAAAAAGACUAACAACAUUGUUACUUUGGGUAACCAGAGCCAUUUAAGGGGCGCUUAAGAUUUCAAACCAACUAUAACCUGCCAAGUUGUUAGGUUUUGCUUUAAUAUUAACAACUUGAUGAAUUGCUCUGAAAAACAGUUUCGACACACAGCAAGAGUAAAAAACGACCAGAGGAUAUUACAAAGCACAAGUACUCUGUGAAAGGAGAAAAAAAGCUUAGCGUUAUGGGUAAUGACGGUCUUUGAAAAACAUUUUGAAGGACAUUUUUUUCAUGGGAUGAUUCCAAUUGUAUCUUUAUUUUCUUUUUUUUAUUAUUAUUAUUACUGUAAAUCCUUAUUUGAUUGCUGGAAGAACCAAGUGAUCCAAGAGAUCAAGAGUCAUCACAAGUUUUUCAUGAACCUGACCUUAGAGCAGCUAGCAGAGAUAAACUUCUUUGUAGAGGAUUUUGGUUGUGGCCCUAGAGGAUUUCUGUUGUUUUUUUGUUGUUGUGGCAUUUGUAUUCUUGUUCGUGGUGUAUGAUCAGUCUGUAGACUACAUUUUCUAAAGUCUGACUGAUGUCAGUUUUUUUAAAGGCCGCUAGUUUUGGAGGGUGAAGACAGCAGCUGCACACAAUAGUUGUUUCUUUUUACCUUCUUUUAGUUUACAUGCUCCUUUUCUGGAACUCUCAGAUGCUAGUCAUGUGAAAGUCUGGUGUUGACAUGGUGAAGCAGCCAAAAUCGUGGAGAAACUGUUGCAUGACAGUCUGCUACUGUCGUUUGACACAAGCCACAACACUGUGGACAUCAGCCUUUAAGUUAAGUUGAUUGUCAGUUUAUUGCUUUCUCAUGUCUAAGCUUUAAAACGAUAUUUGUGCAAAUGCUCUAUCUACUCUAUAUUUUAUAAAUUAUUCUCAGUUAUCUAAAUUGUUGUUGACCCCCUUCAGAAAAUUACACCAAGGUCCAAAUAAGAUGAGAGCUUUAUCCUGGGUUCACUUAAAUACAUUUUUUUAAAGUUUGAAAUCUAUACAAAUCCUGGAAUAAAUGAAUAAUUGUUAUAAUAAUUUACAACUUAAAGUUACUUGAGGACAGUGAAUGGCCAUGUGAAUGUGGAGUGUGAAUGAACAUGGCAUCCAGUGAGUGAUCCACCACAGGGUGAUUAGCUGGGUUGACCAUCCAUUGUACAAAAUGUAGCACAUUUUGACUGUAUGUGUUUGAUGAAACAUAGCGAGUAUCCAUAGACUGUAGGAAAAAUGUUGAUGUAGCAUCUGUGUUGUAAGCAUAUGUGUCUGACGAUCCAUUUAAAGCUUUAAGUUUGGGUUUAUGCUUGUUGCCAACUUUGUCAGUUAGUGAAGCCAAAUUCUCCAAAUUUGUGCAAAGGACUGACCUGGGUACAGCUGAAUUGGGACGAGUAAAUGGGAACCACUCCAGCUGAGUGUGCAUACACCAAAAAAACAUUCAACUACUCAGGCCUUAAUAUCCCCCUAAAUAAUCCCCUGAAAAUGAAAAUUAGCUAUUUGCAGUCAUAGGGAAGUGUCUCCAGGUGUCUCAAAUGCAGUCGCUUCCCACUGCAAGACAAUGAAAAAUAUAUAGUGAGUUGAAUAAUGUUAAAUACAUUUUCUUUCUUAAAAUCAAUGCAAGAUGGGUUCAUUGUAUUUGUAAUUGUUACACCGUGACAGCUGCCUGUCAAAAACUAGACUGCAAAUAAACCAAAUAACCAAAUAGACUGCUAGUUAAAUAACUUGAUAACCAAAUUUUGUCAUGGUUUGUGCUGAAUUGCAGUGUGCUUGACAUUUUCAUUUUUGGAGAAUGGGCUCAUUUCAAUCCGUUGCAUAGCACAGUUUAUAAACCACUGCUUACUGUGGCCACUGUGCUUGUUGUUUGAUCGCAAUCGCCCUGUCUGUGUCUCUGAUCAGUUGCAUCACAUGUAUAGGCUGAAAUCACUCAUGUCUGUAAAGAAAUUUUUUUAAAAAUGAUGACACAUUUUUAUUCCUUAUAAUAACAUUUCUUCAAAGGAGAAAAUUCAUUGAAAGCAGAAUGGCAACAACAGAAGCUGUUCCUGCUUCAUACAGUGUGGUCUCACAGGGGAGCCUGUAUGCUCUCACCUGCUGUGCUAACUGAGGGUUGUAUAAUACACAGAAAUGUGGAUUACAAAACAGUCAUGUGGUAUCUUUAAUGGGUGUCCUAAUGCUAACGUCCUUUGUAAGGUCCUGAAGGAAUAAUACAAGAGGAAAUUUUGGGGUCAGGUGCUCAGCAACAUUCAUGAAAGUAGACAAAGGAAUGAUUCUGCUGCAAUCAAACAGUUAUUAUGUGAAACAAAUAAGUCUGCAUAUCCAAUAUACAGUAAAAUUGAAAGCUGUUUGUUGCACAGCGGAUAAAUCCCCAGUUCAGCAACAAGGAAACAAAGAAUGUGGGUUUCACA